GGGAGCAGUUUUGUUCCUCCGCGCUCGCCGUAGCCGCCCUGCGCUGUGGCGCCGGCAGACCGGAAGCGAUCGCAGUCGCCAUGGCAGCCUCCUGCGGCAGGGUGCUGCUGUGGGGCGCCCGGCCCGUCCUGCCCGGCCGGUGGUUUUCUUCCUCGACGUGUCGAAUGAGCAGCGAUGGAGAGCCCACAAAAUUCCAGCCGCCCCCGAAGCCCGUCAUUAUUGACAAGCAGAGGCAGAGAGAGGAGAGGAGGUUCUUGAGCCCUGAAUUUAUACCUCCCAGGGGAAGAACAGAUCCUCUGAAAUUCUAUCUGGAAAGAAAGGAUAUGAUACAGAGACGAAAAGUUUUCAACAUCCCCGAGUUCUAUGUUGGCAGUAUACUUGCUGUUACUACUGCAGAUCCAUAUGCUGAUGGCAAAACCAACCGGUUUGUGGGGAUCUGCAUUCAAAGAGGAGGAAAAGGGCUUGGUGCCACCUUUGUGCUUCGGAAUGUUAUAGAAGGCCAAGGUGUUGAAAUUUGUUAUGAACUGUACAGUCCUCGAAUCCAGGACAUCUCAGUUCUGAAGCUGGAAAAAAGGCUGGAUGACAACCUGAUGUACCUGCGAGAUGCCCUUCCUGAAUAUAGUACUUUUGAUAUGAAUAUGCAACCCGUGUCUCAUUUAGACCACGAAGAAAUUCCUGUAAACAAGCUCCAGGUAAGAAUGAAACCUAAACCAUGGUCCAAACGGUGGGAAAGGCCAAAAUACAAUAUAAAAGGAAUCAAGUUUGAGCUACCUGAGAAAAAAAUGAAAGAAGCAGAGAAGUGGAGGCAGCCCUGGCUGGAGUUCGAUAUGCUGCGAGAGUACGACACUUCAAAAAUAGAGGAAAAAAUCUGGAGGGAAGUGAGUGAAGAGCUUAAAAAGUAACAGCUUUGAGUUCCAUGUAUGAACUGUUGGUUUUCAAGUUUUAUAUGUAGGCAAAAUACAGUAAAAUUUCAGCCUAGUUCUUG